AUGGCGGAUCAGACGCGUAGCAGCGAUGCUUCUGUGGCGGCAGGCGAGCGGAUGCUGAAGCGCUGCCUGCGAUGGAAUCCGACGGUCCGAUUCCUCCGCGAGUCGCUGGAGCGCGCCGGGUGCGCCGUGAGCGAUGAGUUCUUUUCCGCGCGCCGAUGCGACGAGCAGGCGGGCGGAGGCUUCAUGCCCGGCGAGGGGGUGGUGGUGUGUGCGAACCACGUGGGGGGGCAGGACGAGGUGGACGUGGUGGUGGCGCACGAGCUCGUGCACGCCCUCGACCACUGUCGCGCUGCCAACCUGCACUGGCCUGAUCUCCAACACCACGCCUGCAGCGAGAUCCGAGCGGCCAACCUGAGUGGGGCGUGCCACAUGCACCGCGAGUUCAACACGAGGGGGUCUGACUUUGUCUUCCGCAACGGCCACCCGGUGAGCCACACCUGCCACCCGGUGAGCCACACCUGCCACCCGCAGUGUGUGCGGCGCAAGGCGCAGCUGUCCGUCGCCAUGAACCCCUUCUGCUCCCAUGCUGAUGCUGAUGCUGAUGCUGGGGCCCCCUCUGCCGCUACCACUGCCGCCACCACCGCCAACGGCAGCAGCGCCAAUGGAAGCUGCAGUGGCAGCGAGGCGUCUAGCAGCAGCAGUGCGGCGUGCAUGGCUCGGGCGCGGGCGGCAGUGGAUGCGGUGUGGGACGUGUGCUACCAGGACACCACUCCCUUCGACCGCAUCCCAUGA